GAGGCGGAGGACGAGCAGCUGAGCCUCAAGUACGGCGCCAAGCACGUCAUCAUGCUCUUUGUGCCCGUCUCGCUCUGCAUGUUAGCGGUCGUCGCCACCAUCAAGUCGGUGGACUUUUACGCCGAGAAGACGGACCAGCAGCUGAUUUACACGCCGUUCACGGAGAACACGUCGUCGGUGGGCCGCCGCCUUCUCAACUCAGUGCUCAAUUCGGUCAUCAUGAUCAGCGUGAUUGUGAUCAUGACGCUGUUCCUGGUCUUUCUGUACAAGUACCGCUGCUACAAGUUCAUCCACGGGUGGCUCAUCCUGUCGUCGCUCUUGCUGCUCUUCUGGUUCAGCUUCAUGUACCUCAGCGAGGUCCUGAAGACGUACAACGUGGCGAUGGACUACGUGACGGCGGGCCUUCUGAUCUGGAACUUUGGCGCGGUGGGCAUGGCGUGCAUCCACUGGAAGGGGCCGCUAGCGCUGCAGCAGGCCUACCUGAUUGCGGUCAGCGCGCUAAUGGCGCUGGUGUUUGUCAAGUACCUGCCCGAGUGGUCGGCCUGGGUCAUCUUGGCCGCCGUCUCAGUCUACGACUUGGUGGCUGUGUUAUGUCCCAGAGGUCCGCUACGGAUGCUAGUGGAGACGGCGCAGGAACGCAACGAGCCGGUUUUCCCCGCCCUCAUCUACUCAUCCGCUAUGGCGUGGACGGCGAGGAGCCCCGCAGACGGCGAGGCGGGACAGCAGACGGAUGAGGAGUCCUGCAACGAGGAGUCCGGCGGCGAGGGGACGGAGGACGAGGGACGGCGCUCACCCGCGGAUGACGAGCAAGAGGAACGCGGCGUCAAGCUAGGCUUAGGGGACUUCAUCUUCUACAGCGUCCUGGUGGGCAAAGCGGCGGCCGGCGGCGACGACUGGAACACCAUCGCGGCCUGCUUCGUGGCCAUCUUGAUCGGUCUGUGCGUGACGCUGGCGCUGCUAGCCAUGUGGAAGAAGGCGCUCCCGGCGCUGCCUAUCUCCAUUUCGCUGGGUUUGAUCUUCUACUUCUCGUCCGACACGCUGCUGCGGCCCUUUAUGGAGCACCUGACCGCUCAUCAGCUUUACGUCUGA